AGAUACAAGGCGAUCGUGAAAUACAAGACUGCCUUCUACAGCUUCUACCUGCCAGUGGCUGCUGCCAUGUACAUGGCUGGGAUCGACGGGGAGGAGGAACAUCGAGUGGCACAGUCCAUCCUCCUGGAGAUGGGGGAGUUCUUCCAGAUACAGGAUGAUUUCCUGGACUGUUUCGGGGACCCGGAGGUGACGGGGAAGGUGGGCACGGAAAUCUCGAGGACAAACAAGUGCAGCUGGCUGGUGGUGCAGGCACUGACGAGGGCCAGUCCGGCACAGAGACGGCUGCUGGAGGAGGACUACGGGCGGCGCGAGGCGGAGAGCGUGGCGCGGGUGAAGGCGCUGUACGGGGAGCUGGGGCUGCGUCAGGCCUUCCACCAGUACGAGGAGCAGAGUUACCAGCGGCUGUGCUCCAUGGUGACCCAGCAGGGCAGCCGCCUCCCACCACAAGUCUUCCUCGCCUUCGCCGACCGCAUCUACAAGAGGAAGAAGUAGAGGGGGCCCUCGACCCUCGACCCCCCCGGCUGACCCACGACCCCUCAGGGGCUGACCCACGACCCCUGGGUCUGCUGGAGGUGGAUAAUCCACUCCUUGUUUUAUGUUAUGUGUGUGUCUGAGUGUGUGUAUGUGUGAGUGUGUGUGUGUGAGUGUGUGCGUGUGUAUCUGUGUGUGAGUAUGUGUGAGUGUGUGUGUGUAUACAUGUGUGCGUAUGUGUAUGUGUGUACGUAUGUGUGUGUACGCACGUGUGUGUACAUACGU